ACCUCUCUCUCUCUCUCUCCUUCUAGUAUUUCUCGAACCAGAUACCCACUUUAUAGCAUUUGAAUUCUGAAGCAUAAUUGUCGAUACACAUCAGAAGCACAAGUAUUACCACCAUUCUCAUUCAUUACUCUAAGGAAGAAGAUCCACAAAAGAAUGGAGUCAGAAAAUGGGGUUCCAGUAGAAGAUGAAAAAAGAGGGGUUAUUGAGAAAAGUGUUGUGGAAGAGUCGGUUAUGGAUGCAAAGAAAGAGAAAGAGAGUGUAGGCAAUUGUGAAGAAUUUUGCAAUGGGAGUGAAGUUUCCGAAAAUGUGACAAAAGAAGAACAAGGACUUAAUUCAUCUGGACCAUCGGUUCAAUCCACUGGGAGUGUUUCAGAGAGUAAAAUAUCAAAUCCUGUCAAAGCUCCAAAGGGUGGUAGUUCAAAGAACACUGAAAAGGCUGGGAAUUGGCCCCAUCCAAAAGGCACAGGAGUGAUUGCUCGUAGCACAAGGCCGAACUUGACACAAAGCCUAUCUUUCCCUACAACAAGAGGGCUUCAUGCUGAUGUUAUGAAAAAGAGCAUUGAUCGCUAUCCACUGAAAUCAGAUGCCAAACAUUCUCGAGCAAAUGGGCCAAAAGCUGAGGUUUCAUUGUCAAAUGGGGCAAUUACUUCAGUUUCCCGUUUCAAUGCAGCCAGCAGGCGAGCAUCUACUGGAGUAAACUUGAAAGAAGCAAACACAAAUGGUGGUAGGACAUCCUCCAGGCGAGCAUCCGUGCCAAGUUUGAGUCAAUCUCUGUCGGGAAAAUCUCUUUCCGUCAAUGGAACUGCAAACUGCCCUCCAGCUUCAGUCUCCUUAUCAGUUGAUCAAGUUUCAAAACCUAUCAAAACUGCACUUCCAAUCAAGGAGGAUGAUGAUGCUCAUUCCACUACUUCAUCGAGUGCUACUCAUGGGCAGACGAGGAGUAGUGUCUCAGGAUUUUCCUUCAGGUUGGAUGAACGUGCUGAAAAGCGAAAAGAGUUCUUUUCAAAGAUAGAAGAGAAGAUACAAGCAAAGGAAGAGGAGAAAAGUAACCUGCAAGCAAAAUCAAAGGAAAGUCAAGACGCAGAGAUAAAGCAACUGAGGAAGAGUUUGACCUUUAAAGCUGCACCCAUGCCAAGUUUCUAUAAAGACCCCCCUGCAAAAGUUGAACUGAAGAAGAUACCAACCACACGCCCAAUAUCUCCAAAGCUUGGAAGGCACAAGAGCUCUACUGCCGCUGCAAACAACUCCUUGGAAGGUGGUGGGCCAUGUCUUAGCCCACGAGUGAAACAUGACCCGGGCAAGUCACCCAAGGCUAUCCAGGCAAAUGGUGACAAGGAUGCUUCAAAGCAAAAAUUUAGGAAAUCUAUAUCCAAGCCUCAAUCACGGGAAGCUCUGCCCAACAAAACUGAAGGAAAAUCCAGCAAGAUGAAACAAAAACCUGCAGAUGCCGAAGGCAAAAAUGAGAAAACUUGUGCAGGAGAAUCCAAAGAACUCCCCAAUCAAUCCAUGAAACCUCCUGACCUUGAAUGUGGGAUAGAAGUAGAGUCUGAAAAGAAUUCUACUGUGGACAAUGGACCAAUUGUCAACGAGUUUAAGCCAGAUACUGCGACUGCUGAAGUCACUGUUGGAGGUUAAAGUACAUAAAUUCAGAACCUUGUGCUUCAUAGUUUUUCAAGGUUUUUUUAAGUUCAAUUGUGUUGUGAAUAGUGUGGUCACUUAGAAAAUUAUAAGUUGGUGUCUAUAGGUUUACAUAAACAUUUGUUUUGUUUGUUAAAUUAAGAAAUGUAUGGCUAAAGUGAAUGGUUCUGAUGGAUUGCCUCAGCUUUUAUAUUUAACAGAUUUUUCUGCUUUUCUG